AUGUCAGCCCUCUACUCGCAAGGCUUCAACUUCACCAGCUUCAUCCAGGGCGGUGUUGAUCCCCGUACUGGUCAAUUUACCUCCAGCAUUGCAAUUUACGAAACGCCUACGCUGGCCCGCAACUGCCCAUCGCUUCAGCUCUCCAUCACUUACAGCCCCUUUACAACUACAGAUAUCGGUCUAGGGAAAGGGUGGUCUUUCAAUCUCUCAACUUAUCAGCAUCGCCAAGCGAAAACUCUCGUGCUUUCGACGGGUGAGCAUUAUCAAGUCGCUGAAGAUUCGAGUUCGGUCAGAGUCAAAGAUCAGAAGCUGAAGAGCUUCCACUUCCGAAAGGACAGCGGCAACUAUCAAGUUAUCCAUAAGUCAGGACUGGUCGAAGUGCUAUCUAAUAAAAAUGACAGUUACAGCACUACAGUUCCUUUUGAGCUGUAUGCUGCAAAUGGCCGCAUGGUCAAACUCACUUGGAUCCGCUCCGGCGAACAGCCCCGACUCCAGAGCAUUCUGGACGGCGAACAAGAAUUAUUGACGAUAAACUACAACGAUGCACGGGCCACGAUCACGCGCUCCCCAGAUACAGCAGAGGCCAGCACAUUCACGCUCAUUCGAAAGAAUGGCCGGUUGGCCGAGGUCCAAUCACCACUACAAGGCAUCCCGCCGUGGAAGUUUGAGUAUGAGACGUUUGGCCAGAUAUGCUGCCUAAAGAAAAUCACUAGUCCCUCUGGCCUACAGGAAGAAGUCUCCCACAAGGAAAAAGGGCAUUAUUUGCCCAAAGGUGCCCCGUACCGGACAGUGCCAUAUGCGAUAUCGCACAUAUCCCGUCCAUUGAACAACCAGCCAGCCAUCAAAACUUACUACAGUUACUCAGCCAGUAAUUUUUUGGGUUACGAUAGCGGCUUCGACUGGAAAGAUGGGGAAGACAAUCUGUAUAGAGCACAUGAGAACUACCAGUAUACAACUACGGUGCAGAUAAACCAAGGGCCGGAAACGAAAUAUACUUAUAAUAGAUUUCAUCUUAUCGUGAGCAGCAGGAGGCGCCAAAAUACAAAACAGGUAACUCAGACCGUCGCCUACUAUAUGCUGCCGACUGGCGCAUUUAGUGCUCAGCCUGCCCAGUACCAGCUCCCCAAGAGCGUACAAACAGUGUAUGAAGAUACCCUCGCUAACACCCAUCGGACGGAAACCACCCAAUAUGUAUUUGAUGAAUGGGGAAAUCCGAUCCAGGAGAUUAAACCGAGUGGAGUGACAACGGAUCGUGAUUACUAUCCCCCUGGAGGCGAGAAUGAACUCUGCCCAGCCGAUCCACACGGUUUCCAGCGGUAUAUGAAGUCUGUGAUUGUGACGCCCAAAUCGAGUUCGUUCAAGGCUCCAAAGCGAAGUCGCCAGUACACUUACAAGGAGUGGUCAACUGCUACGUCGCUUUAUGCUAGCUAUUUUGUAGCUGUUCAGCAAGAUAAAACCCUCGAGGAUGGCCUCGAACUUUUUAUCUCCAACUAUACUUAUGUGAAUCAGCCAUCGGAUCGAAAUCAUGGCCGCCUACAGCAAAAAACUGUCAAACUAUCAGGACGGUAUAUGACAACCAAAAACUGGACUUAUCGAUACCCAAGCCCUGAUCGGUUCACGCAAAUUGUUGAGGCUAAAACGUUUGAUGGAUAUAAUGCACAGGACGAAAAAGAAUGCUCACUAUCGACUGGACUGACUUCGACACAUACGACUCCAAUCGGCAUUAAGACUUGCUACCAGUACGAUUCCAUGGGCCAACUUGUCAAAGAGACGGUGUCGCCUGGAACCUCCUACGAAACAGUGAAGAAAUAUGAGUACGCUGUCUUGAAGGGUGAAGUCGGGUAUUGCGUAACUGAGACAAAUAGUAAAGGGAUGCAAAAGCGCCACUUUACCGAUGGGCUGGAAAGAAUCUGCCGUGUUGAAGCACAGGAUGAUGAUGGCCAGGGUUCUGGGCCCGGGGAUUACAAUGGAACCUUCCGUACAGUGCAGGAACGCAGCUACAAUGAAAUUGGCCAGUGCACAGGGACCACGGAUAUCGAUUGGUUGAGGGCGGAGGGGAACGGAGCACCAUUCGAACAACGACGAAGUCGGACGAUAGAAUAUGAUGAUUGGGGUCAAGCCUAUCGAAUUACUGAGAGCGACGGUUCGGCCACACUAUCGGCUACGGAUCCUAUCAAUCUUACACGCACGGAAGGGAUUGAGGGCCAAAGUCAAACCAGAACGCAAUUCGAUACAAUGGGCGCUGCAACCGAGAAAGACGUCCUCAAUAGCGAUGGCACGGUGUAUAGCAAGAUUAAAUACACGUACGAUGGGCUGGGCCGGAUGGUUGAACAGGAAUCUCCUCUCGGCCACAUUACCAAAUAUCAACAUGACAGUUUCGAUCGCAUCAAUCAAACCAAUUGGCCCGAGGAUCUCGUGGUAAAGACAGAAUAUGCCCCUCAUAGUGCCUCUGUUUUGCCAAUUUUGACCAAGGUCAAUGAUCACGUCAUGGGCACGCAAGCGAUUGAUGGGCUAGGCCGGGUAACGAAACAAAGCCUAGGGUCACGUACUACUGCUAUGUCGUACCAAGGCAUCGCGCCCAAGCCAAGCGAUCUCACAACUCCCAAAGGUGAUAAGCAUGAUCUGGCUUACGACCUUCAAUUAGACGAUGUCCUCACUUCCCAAUCCAGCGCGGAUGAUUCAAAUACGUUCCUGUACGAGAAAAGGACUGCAGAGCUCCUGAGUCUUGAUGGCUCAUUCAAGAAAGAGCAACGACAGUACCUACCGUCCGGUCUACUCUUGCAGGAAAGCUUUCAGGUUGGUCGAAAUAGCUUCGCUACUAAGUCUUCUUAUUCAAUGGCUGGCAAGCUGCAAACCUACACCGAUGCCAACGGGCAAAUUCACGAGAUUCAAUAUGACGAUUGUGGUCGACCCAACAGGCUGGUUCAAGGGAAUGUCCAGGUAUCUUUCACAUAUACCAAGGACAACCUCCUGCUUGAAAGUAAUGCGGUGGACAUGGAAACAAACCAGAACCUCACUACCACCCGGACAUACGAUGAGUUUGGUCGAGAGGUUGAGCGCACCGUUAAGAAAGGAUCGGAGAUUCUAUAUCGACUGAGCCAGGCAUUUGGCCCGACAAACCUCCUUCUUAGACGCAAGGGAGAGGAUGGUCACGGCUCUGUAAUCAAGGACGAAAGCUUUCAAUAUGAUAGUUAUAACCGGCUGAUCGACUAUCAGUGUCAGGGGAUCCAGCCACCCAUGGAUGAUAAGAGGAUGGGGCUUAGACGGCAGAAAUUCAGUUUUGACGAGUUUGAUAACUUGAUCCAGAUCUCUUCUACCUUCAACAAUGGGUCUGAUAAUACAGUAUCUUACAAGUACAGCUCCAAGGAACCGACACAAUUGACCCAAAUUACCAACACGAACCCAUAUUUUACUCCCAGAAUUGACUUAGAAUAUGAUGAAAACGGAUGUUUGACUCGAGACGAACAAGGCCGUACGUUGAAAUACGAUACAAAAGGUCGUUUGACCACAGUUUGCGGUUCAACAGGAAAAACUUUGUGUCAAUACUUCUACGAUGCCGGCGGAAAGUUGGUCUGCCAGAGGGUUCAAGGAACUGAUACAUAUCUCCAUUAUCGAGGUGACAGCCUUAUUGCGACCACCACUGGAGACACGAAGGUCAGCUAUAUCUCUGAUGGGGGUAUACGUUGGGGGCAGAUGCUCCAAAAAGGCAACAAAACCGAAACGCAGCUUUGGAUGUCCGACAGCCAACAAUCCGUCCUAGCGUGGUUUGAUACGAAAAAGCCUACCGAAAUUCACGGUCAGACCUAUUCUCCAUAUGGAUUUAAUGUGGGCACGAGCUCAAUCGGUUUUAAUGGUCAAUGGCGUGACCCAGUCACCGGAUGGUACCAUCUCGGCAAUGGAUACCGCGUUUACAAUCCGGUUUUGAUGCGGUUCCAUUCUCCAGACCAAUCGAGCCCCUUCGCUUCCGGUGAAAUCAAUCCAUACGCGUACUGUGUUGGCGACCCGAUCAAUCGCAGCGACCCGACCGGGCAUUUUAGUCUCUUCGGCAUUCACUUUGGUGGACGGGAUCUUGCCAUGGCCUUGGUUGGGCUUGCAGCUGGCCUACUGGUUGGUUUCGCUACUGGUGGUAUGGGCUUUGCGGUGGAAGCUGGUUUGGGUAUUGCAGUGGGUGUUGCUGCGGAUGCUGGCACAGGAGCGGCUUACGAUGCGGCGACAGGUAAGGGGCCGACCCUGCAGUCGAUGGCUACUGAUGCAGUAUUUGGAGCUGUUGGCGGCGUUCUCGGUGAAGUGGGUGGACGAUUGAUAGGGAAAGGACUUAAGGCGCUUUCAGGUAUCGGUACAUCCGCUAGCAGAUCUAGCGCCGUCGCUACCACGGCGGCAGCGGUAGCAGCGGCAGAGCGCCGAUCCCCGCGCAUAAUGGGUGAUUUAUAUGCGCAUCAAGUCCCCGGAAACAUUUGGGACCCAGCUACUCGGAGCGUUACUAGUCGCACAGACAUUAUCAACGGGGAACUGGGUAACGAAGGGUUCCUAACUCACGGCUAUGAAGGACUAUUAAUGGGCUGGAACCCAACCGGACAAGGACUCGGUUUGUAUUCUGGGGAAUAUGUGGCAAGGCGUACUAUUCUCCCUGAGAUGGAACAAGCCGCGAUUAGAAACCCUCUCCUGAGGGGGAUUAGAGGACAAGGGCGUCCAUUUCAUCUGUUCGCCUGCUAUGGUACGGCAGGUACCGGCCAAGCGGUUGCCAAUGUCCUUGAUCGGCCGGUGAUAGCUUUCCAUGGUUUACUAGCACCGUUGACCAGGGUCCCGGGAACCGAUAUACCGAGGGCGCCGUUGAUGGUGCAUCAAGUCAUCAGGGAUUUGGAGAGGUCUGGGGGAGUGUCCUCGGUUUAUGGUGACAAUACCGACAUCUUCUAUCCUCAGAUGGACAUUGGGUGA